GAGUGUGGAAUGGUAUGGUACGCUUACGCUACACUCUGAAAUGAAAAAUGGAGUUAUCAUCUUCGGCGGUUGCAUUCGGAGUCGCGUUUCGCCAUUCUCUCACAAUUUCGGCGUCGGCGAUAACAUCGGAGCUACACACGCAAACUCAACCUCGCAGAAACGCCGUCAAAUUUCGACGCUCCAAAUCCUUCUCCGCCAGAGAAACAGCCAAACUUGAACUUCAGCACGCUUCUGAUUUGCCCUCAACUCUCGCAAGAGUAGGAGAAACGUUGACCAUUAAAGACCUCAAUGCCGCUUUGCAUCACUUCAAAAGUUCAAAUAAUUUCAAUCAUAUCUCUCAGCUAUUUUCGUGGAUGCAAGAGAACGACAAGCUCGAUGUCUCAUCUUAUUCCCAUUACAUAAGGUUCAUGGCAAAUAAAUUCGAUGCUGCUAAGAUGCUACAACUGUACCAAAGCAUUCAAGAUGAAUCAGCCAAGAAAAAUAUCCUUGUAUGUAAUUCCGUUCUCAGUUGUUUAAUCAAGAAAGGCAAGUUUGCUUCUGCCAUGGAACUCUUUCAGCAGAUGAAACUAGAUGGUCUGGUUCCAGAUCUUGUUACCUAUAGCACGCUUCUUGCAGGUUGCAUUAAAAUAGAAAAUGGAUAUUCUAAGGGACUAGAGCUAAUCCAGGAAUUGCAACACAAUAAACUGCAGAUGGAUGGUGUAAUUUAUGGAACAAUUUUGGCAGUGUGUGCUUCCAAUAGUAAAUUGGAAGAAGCAGAAUGCUAUUUUAACCAGAUGAAGGAUGAAGGUCACUCACUAAACGUUUAUCACUAUAGCUCUUUGCUCAAUGCUUAUUCAGCAUCCGGAAACUACAAAAAAGCUGAUAUAUUGAUUCAAGAUAUGAAAUCUGAGGGGUUAGUACCAAACAAGGUCAUUUUGACAACCUUACUGAAGGUAUAUGUUAAAGGAGGCUUGUUUGAGAAGUCAAGAGAAUUAUUAGCUGAACUGAAAUCUUUGGGCUAUGCUGAAGAUGAGAUGCCAUACUGUAUAUUCAUGGAUGGCCUAGCUAAGGCAGGACAAAUACAUGAAGCCAAACUAAUUUUUGAUGAAAUGAUGAAAAACCAUGUCAGAUCAGAUGGCUAUGCUCAUAGUAUCAUGAUAUCAGCAUUUUGCCGAGCCAAGCUUUUUCAGGAGGCAAAGCAGUUAGCCAAGGAUUUUGAAACAACAUCUAACAAAUACGACCUAGUUAUACUGAAUACAAUGCUCUGUGCUUUCUGUAGAGCAGGCGAAAUGGAAAGUGUGAUGGAAACUCUGAAAAAGAUGGAUGAAUUGGCUAUCAGUCCUGACUAUAAUACCUUCCAUAUUCUAAUCAAAUAUUUCUGUAAAGAAAAGAUGUAUCUAUUAGCUUAUCAAACCAUGAAGGACAUGCAUAGUAAAGGCCAUCAACCAGUGGAGGAACUCUGUUCCUCUUUAAUAUCCCACCUUGGUCAGGUAAAUGCUUAUUCAGAGGCAUUUUCUGUAUACAAUCUGUUGAAAUAUAGCAAGCGAACAAUUUGCAAGGCCCUUCAUGAGAAGAUUCUGCAUAUUCUCCUAGAAGGACAGCUUUUGAAAGACGCAUAUGUAGUAGUCAAGGAUAAUGCAACAUUUAUUUCUCGUCCUACCACCAAAAAAUUUGCCAGUGCAUUUAUGAAAUCAGGUAACAUCAACUUCAUAAAUGAUGUUUUGAAGACUCUCCAUGAUUGUGGAUACAAGCCUGAUCAGGAUUUAUUUGCAAUGGCUGUAUCACGCUAUUUAGGUCAACCUGAAAAGAAGGACUUACUUCUACACUUACUACAAUGGAUGCCAGGCCAAGGUUACGUGGUUGAUUCAUCGACAAGGAAUUUAAUCCUCAAGAAUUCACACUUAUUUGGUCGUCAGCUCAUUGCAGAGGCUUUGUCCAAGCAACAAGUUAAAGUUAAAACCAAAAUGCUCACUAGAUAAAACAUGCAAAGCUCUACAAUUGAGGAGAUAGUGUUAGAUGACCUUACCUUUUGUACUGAUAAUUUGAUUUGGUGCCCCUUAGUUACCGUAGCUAUAUGGUACAUUGCAUCACUCCAUAUUUCCCCCCUUUACUUUUUCGAUUAAGUUGUGAUAAAUAGCCUGUCUACACCUAAAUUCUUGUGGUGUGGAUUGAUGAGUGUAUAUGUAACAGAUAUAAAUAUAUCAUGUCGAAAAGUUAUAUCUUGAUCCUAUAGUUUCUAAAGUUCUGG